CAUAAAACACUUGUUUGUAACUACAAUUUAUUGGAGGGGGAAUAUUUCUGUAGUAGCGCUUUUGUCUUAGUGAAUAAAACCCCAAUUCAAAUUCUGGAUCUCUCUGAAGUUUACAUGUUAUCUCUAUGCGUGUGUGGGUACAAUCUAAAAACAUACUUCUUAAGUUAAUUAAUUACUUUAAAUUGUCAUAUAAUCCUACUGUAAUAGGUGUGCAUAGGUGUGUGAUUGUGUGGUGUACCCCACCUUCACCCAACAGUGGCAAAGUUAGACUCUGGCAACCCCAUAACCCAGAAGAGCCAACAGUGGGUUCAGAAAAUGCAUGGAUGGAUAUUUCUGUAGCUUGAAUAUUUAUUUUUUACAAAUUUCUGUGUGGAAUAAUGCUACCACCUGCUGACUGUUGUUUGUAGUACAUCCAGCAUCUAUGAAAAAAUGUCUGACUGCUCACAAAAAGAUAAAUUGUCUCACUACCUUUUUCUCUUCUUUGAAAUGACAGGAGCUUCAGCCUUGGGAGAACCAAACUGUGUUAGACAAUUCUGCAUCUAUGUCAGUACGGAAAAUAUCACAUCAGAAGUGGGACUUUGUGCUGUGAUACCGUGUUCUUUCUCCACUCCUUCAGAUUUUGAAACUAGACAUUUAGUUUGGUUUAAAUGUGAAUCUAACCCAAAAUGUAGUAACUCUGAUAUAAUCUUCAACUCUACCAAUAACAUUGAUAAAAGCAUUAAGGAUGAAUUUAAGGGAAGAGUGUCACUGGAUCCUGAAGUGGGAAACUGUAGCAUCAGAAUCAGUGAUCUGAGAAAGUCUGAUUCUGGAUCCUAUCAGCUCAGAAUAAUUGGACUGAACCAAGGGGACCCAGAUGGAUUUACAUUUAUUCCAAAAACACCUAUCAAAGUAGGAGGUUUCAGGCAGAAACCUACAAUGACUCCUCCUGAUUUGACGGAGGGACAUCAGACCACCCUGACCUGCUCUGCUCCUGCACUCUGCUCUACGUCUCCUCCUGGAAUCAGCUGGAUGUGGGGAGAAGCAGCAGAAAAAGACCCUCUCAUCAACGGAAGCAUCACUGCCUUCAAGAAUGAGACUUUGACUGCUGUCACACAGAGACACAACUCAACUCUGACCUUCAUUCCCACAGCUGAACUCCACAACUCCAACAUCACCUGCAGGAUCCGCUUUAGUGAUAACACCACCACCGAGGAGACAGUCAAUCUGCACGUCAACUAUAAAAGAAAACCUCAGAUUUCUGGGAAGGUGAUUGUUAAGGAAGGAGAAGUUCUGAAUCUGACCUGCAGUGUUGACAGUUUCCCUCCUGUUCCUGCUGUGUGGACUGAACCUCAGUCAAACCUGCUCAAUGGAUCUGACCACAAUGGAUCAGCCACCUUCAUCAUCACUAAUGUGACAGCAGAGGAUUCUGGGAGGUACUCCUGUGCUGCAAAUCACCAGAACUGCACUGAGACGGUUCACGUGGAUGUGACGGUGAUGCUGGAAGAAUCCGCAUGUGUGCGCCGCUCAGACGUCCUGACCUGCACCUGCAUCAGUCAAGGUUUUCCUGUAGCCAACAUAAAGUGGCCCCAGCUGAGCCUCCACUCUGAGUACUGGAUCACCACCAAUGUGUCAAAUCAGACUGUGAGGAGCUCUUUGACUUUAAGAGCAACAAAACAGGACAACGUCUCUGCAGAAUGUGUCAUCAGCAAUGAGAGUGGAGAGUCAACAGAAAAACUCACAAUUCAAGACAUCCUCUCUGAAAAAGAAGAUCAGUCUGAAAGUCCCUUAGAGAUAGCAACUACACCAGAAGCCAUCAUCGCUUUUCUGAUCGGGGUUUUAGUAUCUGCUAUAUUUUGCAUUUUGAUUAUGAGUUGCUACAGGAAAAAGCUAAAGAAGAAUGAGAAUUUACAGGAGGUUGUGGAGAAGGUUGGUGGUCAGGAGAAUCCUCUGAAUAUCCAUGAUGAACCUAGAAGUGGGUCUGGAGAUGUGGAGUACGCCGACAUCGAUUUCUCUCGGCUGAAGAGGAAAGAGCGAACACAGGAGCUGCAGACAGCAGCCACAGAAUAUGCUGAGGUUAAAGUGAAAAAGGAGGAGAAACAUGCCGCUGAAGAGGAGGAACCAGGGAUGGAGGAGGAUGACAAAACUCUUUUUUGUGUGUCAAAACAGAGAAACAUAGAGGAAGAGGCGGUGUACUCCUCAGUAAAUGAUUUAAUAGGAGCUUCAGUUCUGGGACAGCAGCACUGUGUUGGUGAAUACUGCAUCACUGUCAGUAAUGAUGAAAUCACAGCAGAACCAGGACUUUGUGUUGUGAUACCGUGUUCUUUCACGACUCCUUCUAACUUCAAACCUCAACAUUUGGUUUGGUUUAAAUGUAAAUCUAACAAAAGAUGUUUUAACUCUGAUGUAAUCUUCCACACCAACACAAACGCCAAAAAAACCCUUGAAUCCGAAUUUAUGGGAAGAGUGUCACUCCUGGAUCCUGAUGUGAAUCAUCUGAACUGUAGCAUCAGAAUCAGUGAUCUGAGAGAGUCUGACUCUGGAUUCUAUCAGUUUAGAGUAAAUGGAUAUAAGUAUACGGUCUCAGAAGGAUUUACAUUUAAUAAGAGAACGUCUGUCAAUGUUGGAGGUUUCAGGCAGAAACCUACAAUGACUCUUCCUGAUUUGACAGAGGGACAUCAGACCACCCUGACCUGCUCUGCUCCUGCACUCUGCUCUACGUCUCCUCCUGGAAUCAGCUGGAUGUGGAGAGGAGCAGCAGAAAAAGACCCUCUCAUCAACGGAAGCAUCACUGUCUUCAAGAAUGAGACUUUGACAGCUGUCACACAGAGACACAACUCAACUCUGACCUUCAUUCCCACAGCUGAACUCCACAACUCCAACAUCACCUGCAGGAUCCGCUUUAGUGAUAACACCACCACCGAGGAGACAGUCAAUCUGCACGUCAACUAUGUUAAAAUCACAGGAAAUGCAGAUUUGAAAGAGAACAUGACUCUAAACCUCACCUGCAUGACGAGUUUGUCUCCAGCAGAAAUCCAGUGGAUUAAAUUUGGAUCCAAAACAAAUCAGAUGAUCAGAACUUCAGCUGCUCUGCACAACAACACUGCCAUCUACCUGCAGGAGGACAGAAGCACUUUGCUCAUCUUUAAUGUGACUCCAGAGGACGCUGGACUGUACAUCUGCACAUCAAAGCAUCUGAACAACACAAUCAAGGAUGAAGUCAAUGUGACAGUGAUGUGUGAGUCUAUCACAUACUAUUGUGUUGAUUUUUUAAAGAACAUUUUAACUCUAAUAGCAUGUUGUUAAAAGCAUU